AUGAAAUUUGCCUGGAUUGUCGCCGCGUUCUCAGCCACGGCCUGGGCCGCCGCUGCACAUGAGAAGCGCGAAACGGCCACGGCCACGGGAAAAGACGUCAAUUGGUCUGCGCUGGGAAAUGCUAUUAAAUCUCUCUCCCUCUCGUUGCCCACCAAAACCGCCAACCUGGAGAACAUCGACCCGCCACCGCGAUCGCUAAUCCCGGAAAUCGUAUCCGCCCUGCCUCCAUCUGCUCUCGCUGCACUGGUGGUGCCCGCGCAGCGCGCCUCGCUGGCCAGCGACUUCAAAGCGGGCAAAACCCCCGACUGGUACACCAGUCUACCGACGGACGUGCAGAGCUACCUGUCCACGGUGAGGAAUCAGAUCGCGGACGGAGCGUUGACCGCAGCGCCUAAGAAGGCGGCACCGACGAAACCUGAGGAGGCCUCGGCCACGAAGACGGGGGAUGCGGCCUCGUCGACCUCGGAGGGAGCAGCGGCAGCAGCGGCGCAGCCAACAGGAUUAGUUCUGGGCGGGAUGGGGGCGUUGGGAGUGCUGGGGGUGGCGUUGGCGUUGUGA